AUGUCCAUUCGUCAACAUAAAAUUGCAGUCAUUGCUGGAGAUGGUAUCGGCAUUGAAGUCACCGCGUCCACCUUGGAAGUACUCCGAAAUGUACAGAAGAAGGUAGGAGGAUUUGAGCUGGACUUCGACGAGCUCGAUUAUGGUAGUGCCCGAUACAAGGCUAAAGGAUCUUAUACACCUGAAGGAUGGCUCGACCAUCUUCGUAAAUCCGAUGCAAUCUUCUUCGGAGCGGUGGGGGAUCCCAAUGUACCCGACCACAUCUCCUUGUGGGACCUCAUCUUACCUAUGAGACAGUCUUUCCAACAAUACGUAAACGUUAGACCAUCCGCUAUCCUUCCUGGUAUUCCCCCUAGAAUCACAAAUGCUGGUCCAGGUGAUCUUGAUUGGGUGAUUGUUCGAGAGAACACUGAAGGAGAAUAUGCUGGUCAAGGUGGUAGAACUCAUGUUGGUACAGCUUGGGAGACAGCCACGGAGGUUGCCGUCUUUACAAGAAGGGGUGUUGAGAGAGUCAUGCGAUUUGCAUUCGAAAUCGCUCAGGAAAGACCCAGAAAACUAUUGACUGUUGUUAGCAAAAGUAACGCUCAGGUGAGUUGA